AUAAAAGACGGACGCGGUAACUGCCCUGUCUAUACAUAAGAAUUUGUGAGAGAAUCCGGGUGUACACAGUAGUAUUGAUAGAGCAGUGGUUUACAUAUUACUUUGUGUGUAAAAGUAAAGUGUUUUGUGAAAAAUUUUUGAUUUAUUUUCGAAGUGGUGAGGUUGGAGGAGUGAAAUAAAAUGGCGUUGAUUCGACCUAGAUAUCUGCUGAUCCUCCUUUUAAUAACGUUCGUGCAGAGUGAACGAGUAAAUGUACAGAUGAGGGAAAUCGUUCCCAUCAAUAAUUUGAGGGAGGCGAUGAACGGUACAAAGGCUGACACACUGAAUUUACCAGCAAACGCUUCAUCUAUCAGGGAAAAUAUCACUGAUACUUUCAGUUGCGAGAAUCGAACCUACGGCUACUACGCAGACGUGGACAACGACUGCCAAGUGUUCCACGUCUGCCUACCCUCCCAGACGCCUUCAGGUCGUAAUGUUACGUACCGGUGGAGCUUCAUAUGUCCCAACCAAACAGUUUUUAAUCAGGAAGUCCUAACCUGCACAUUAACAGCUGACUCAAUCGACUGCAAGGACUCACCAGACUUCUACCACCUAAACAUGGAAAUAGGAAAAGAACAGGAGAAAACAGACGAAUCGAAAAAAGAGAACAACAAGAAAAUCCAGAAGAGAAAGCCAGAGAAGAGGAGAGAGAAUAUCAUAAUGCAUAACUCGAUAAUGGAAGAAGAAAUGAGAGAUAUUGAGGAGAAUUUAAAAGAACAUUUAAGCCCUAUUUUGUCAAAAAAUCCUAAUGAGGCACCUGUUCUUCUAGAAGCCGUAAUCGAGAACAUAGAUUCUGAAAUAGAGGACGCAGAAUUAGAACAAAGAAACGAAGAAGAAUUAGACAGAAUUGUAAUGGAGAAGAAUAUGAGAAACAUGAAAGAUAUGUAUGAGCAAAGAGGUAUCGAUAAUGACAGAAGAGAUAACGAUAAUGACAGGGUAGAUAAUGAUAAUGAUGGAAUAGAUAGUUAUAAUGAGAGGGAUAUUGAUGAUGGAAGGGAAUUGCAGAAUAAGAGGGAAGUAAUGAGGAAUGAGAGGGUUUUAAGAAGACAGACUUUUAGGUUCAGGAGUGAUGUUUAAUUUCUGAUAUUUUUAAUUUUUGGUCUAUCGCUAUUUUCAGUAGCCUCGUCAAAUAGUUGUAUUGCGACAACCAAGUAUGAGGUCCUAAGUUUGAUUCUCGCAUCGGGAAACAUUAUUAAAGAUUUUAUAUGUCAAAAAUCUCUUAUUUUCUCAUUGGUUGUUGAAUGCGACUGCUGAGGUUUCAGGUUCGAUUCUUGAGCUAGAAAAAGUUUUAUAGAAAGUUUCGAUUUUGGAAAUUCUUUGUAGGACUUUUUAUUGUUUGGGAUUGUGCCCUGUGUAUGGCAAUAGACUCACUCCCUAUUACAUGGGACUUAUAACAUAACUGGUGAAAAGUGGGAGUUACAUUUUACCCUUAGCUUAUGCCAGCAGCUAUGCUUGCGUUUUCGUGAGAUAAAAAGUAUCCUAUCACCCAAGCUAGCUCAUACCCUGUCAGUAUACCAAAUUUCAUCAAAAUCCGUUCAGUAGUUUCAGCGUGAUGAAACAAACUUUCACAUUUAUAAUAUUACUGUUUUGAAAAUAAGUUAGACCAAAAAUUGAACAAAAUGAAACGAUGAUUUCUUUUAUAUAGAUAUUAAGUUACCGACGUGGCCAACAAGUAAUAUUUAAGUUAGACUUAAGUUCACAUUAAGUUAAGAUUAAUGAUUUGUAAAUAAAAAAGCAUAACUAAGACGAAAUAAAUGAAAACGUUCAUUUGAUUGAAA